UUAUAAAGUUUGAAUUAUGGAGCCAGAGAUAGAGAAGACAGGGGAAAUGCCGGUUGGAGGGUUGCUUAGUGAGUAUCUAGCGUGAUCAGACACUGUGCCAGAUAAGUUUAAUAAUAUCGGACUGAUGGAUAAUCCAGACCAAGAAUUAGAAGAGCCAGUGCCAGCAAAUUUGUUGAACAUAGACACUGGAGAGACUAAGCAGAGCAUCCUUCCGAGAGUUCCUGAUGAAGAAAAGCCACAAGAGUUUAUAAUCGACGAGAACCAAUUUGCUUUCGUCCAAGACGGGUAUAUAGAACAAAACCAGAACAAAUUUAACAGAAGAAGGAGCAAGAAGGGGUCUAAUAGCAUAAAAAUAUCUAAAUAAUAGAUCCUCUAGUGCUAAAUGGAGAAAGAUGGACCCAUAUGUCCAACAUCAGCCUGCUAGUAUUAAGAUGUUAAAGCAGAUGAAGAGAACCUCAAGAGCUGAUGAGAAUUCCACAGAAUUGCCACCUAUUAUAAAACAUUCUUCAAGUAAUGUUGGGAGACAGAACCAGAGGACGUAUAAGCCUCUGAUUCCUCCAAAGGCGCAGAAGAACACAAACACAGUUCUGAGAGAUAAUAGUAAUAUAAUAGAUGAUUCAGAGCCUGCUAAAAAUAAAAGAGAUAAACCUGCUGAUAACUACAUUGAGAAAAAUCUAGAGAGACUUAAGAAACUACAAGAGAAGAAGGCUCAAGAGGCUGAAAUGAUCGAGAAUGAACGUAAGAAAGCUCAAGAAGAAAGAGAGAAAUUACGUAAAAUUGUCUUCAAACGGGCAGAAGAGCAUCGUAGAAAGAAGGAACAGCGUCUUAAAGAGGAAGAAGAGCAUAAUAAAUUAGAAGAAGAGCGUAAGAAAUUAGAAGAAGAACAAGAAAAGUUAAACCCGAAACCCUCAAAGAAGAAAAAUUUACCGAAAAAUAACCCUGAACAGACCGCUAACCCUGAUGAAGACCUCCAAGAAGCUGACAUUGUAGAAGAUGAGGAGAAGAAAGAAGAAAAUGCUAAAAUAAAGAAGUAUUUCAAAAAUCGAUACAUUUCCUUUCUCAAAACCUUAAAAGAAGAUAACAUCAAGAAGAAAGAAGAGGAAGAGAAAGCAAAGCAGAAGGAAGAGCGAAUCAAGGCUAAAAUGCUUCAAAAGUUCGGCAUUGAUAACGUUCAGAGCAGGUUCAGGUCAGAGCCUCCAAACCCCGCUUCUAAUGAAGAAGAGAAGCAGAGUCGGGGAAAGCCACGUAGCGAAAAUAGAUUAAUGACUAAACUAACCCAGGCCAGAGAAGUUGAUAGCCAGAUUAACGAAGAGAAAAAGAAGGUUAACAAGGAAGUUAACGAACGCAUCAGAAAAUAAACAGCAAGAUUACCUAGACUCUUUGGCAGCUAAAUAAGAAGCAGGAAAAUGUUAAAGAGGAGGAAGAACGCAAGAGACAAGAGAAGAUGAGAGAAAAUCUCAGAGCCAAAGUUAAAGAUAUGCUUGGAAAUGUUGAGAGAAAGCCAAAGGCGGAGCCAGAAGCUGAAGAGGAGGUCAAAGAGACAAGGAAAAUGAAUAGUGAAGAUAUUCAAAAUUUCUUGGAGAGAAAUAGCAAAAAGAAGAAAAUUCAUACUAAUAUCACUGAUUUUGAUGUUUGGAAAAAGAGACAUAGGCUCUCUAAAAAGACUAAAGUUUUUGUAGUCAAAGGAGGGUAUGGGACUAUCAGGAAAGCUCUCACAGAUAGAGGAUGGUAUGAAAACAAGGAUCAUAAAAGUCCUUGAUUUGAUCUCAAAUGGACCCUCCGGGCAAAGGAUCUACAUCAUUCAACUCUUGAGAAAUUUCAGAUUGUUAAUCAUUUCUGCAAAUCAGCAGCUAUAACUACUAAAGUAGGAUUAUGCCAUUCCUUGAAGAAUCUAGUCUGGUUCAACAACGUUGAUGUUGACUCUUUCUACCCACAGUGCUUUGAUCUGAAGGAUAGAGAUGAAUUUGAAGAAUUUAUUGAACAAUUUAAAGCUAUUAAGGCUGAAUGCUUGGUUAAAAAGUACGCAAGCGAUAUCGAAACUGUGGACAAAGAGUCGCUCAAAACAGCUAUGAAAGUAUGCGAAAGAAGGCUUCUUGACCUUGAUGAUAUAAUAGACCUGAAAAAUCCUCCAAAAAGUCUUGUUAGUGAUGAAGAAUGGGAAAUCAUAUCCAAAGACGAACAAAAUGAGUCCAAGCUUUCAAAGAAGAAGCAUAGUGAUUGGGUAAAGAAGAUGAACCGCUGGCGAGUCUCUCAGAGCUCGAAGAAGUCUGAGGAUGAUAAGAAGAAAAAGCUUAAGAGGAAGAAGAAAAUUAAGGAAGAUGAACUCACCCAGGAUAUUGAUAUUGAUGACAAAGAUGAGCUCAGGGAGAGAUGACUUGAUAUCUGUGAACGGCUUAAAAGCAAAUUCGUUCAGUAUGACAUGAAUGGUAUUAAUAAUAUUUGGAUUGUUAAGCCAGCAGGCCUCUCCCGAGGAAGAGGAAUAGAAGUAUUUUCCUCUCUAGUCGAGAUCCUUGAUAAUUGACAUAGUGAAGGGCAAUGGGUCGCUCAGAAAUAUAUCGAAAAUCCUAUGAUUAUUCAUGGAAGAAAGUUUGAUAUCAGACAAUGGGUCUUAGUGACUAGUUGGAACCCAUUAGUGAUCUGGUUCUGGAACAAACCUUAUAUCCGAUUCCCAGCUGCAGAUUAUGAUCCUAAUAAUUUAGAUGACAGAUUUGUUCAUUUGACAAAUAACUCUGUCGCGAAAUAUGCCAAGAACGCUGUGGAAAUGGGAGAAGGAAAUAUGUGGACAGUCGAGACCUUCCAAGAGUACCUCCAGGAAAAAUACGGCGAAGAUGUCUGGGAGGAAGGAGGCCUUCGUAAAAAGAUGCAAAAGAUAGUCAAAUAUACUUGCGAAGCCGUUCAGGAUAUGUUUGAUGAAAAUAACAAGACUGCUUACUGUAAUGAGCUAUUCGGGUUUGACCUCAUGGUUGAUGAAGACUGUAACCCAUACCUUCUCGAGGUGAACUCUUCUCCAACGAUGGAGUUCAGUACCACGAUCACAGAGCAUCUUUGCAAGAAAGUGAUGGAAGAUACAAUAAAAGUUCUUGUAGAUUACCAUUACGCUAAAAAGAAGUCCAAAGUCGACACUGGGGAUUGGCAGUGAAUAUGAAGGAAGAAGGUGGUCGAGAACAACCCUAAGAACGCUUGCGGCCUUGACUUUGUAUGACAGGGAGUUAAGAUGAAGGUGAAGAAGACCAAGAAUCCUCCCAAGAAAAGUUCAGUGCCAGUGACUGAGUUGGUUUUUAAUAAGAAUGGAGAGCUGAGCAAUCAGAGAAUGGAUGAAAUUGUAGAAGCUGAAGAAGUCGAUGAUGAAAUUGAUGUCGAGCAUCAUGAUAGUGAGGGAGAUGAUGAGGUAACGCCUCAGAGUGAUGAUGAUCUGGAGAAUGAGGAUGAAGAGGAUGAUGAAGAAGAUGAGGAUGAGGGUGAUGAUGAGGAUGGUUCAGACUCCCCUGAAGACGAGUCUAAGCCGAAUGCAUCAAAGGAGGUUGAGGAUGAUGAGGUUUAUACAGAUGAAGACAAAGAAUAA